CUCCUCCCGCCGCCGCCGCCGCCCUGCCCCUCCGGCGCGGGGAGGAGGGGGCUGCGCCGGCCCGGCCCCAGCCGCGGGGAAGGCGCCGAGGCGGGCGGGGGCCGUGCGAGGGCAGCGCCGCAGCCCCCCGCAGCUGUCAGGAGAGUUUAAAUCAGGUCUCCGCGGAGGUGCCCAGUUUGCAAGAGGUACGCGCAUGAAGUCUUCCUGAGCACCGCAUGGGAUGGGAAGGUUCCCUCUUUCUGAGGCAGCAGCACGUGUGACAGGAGGCUGAAAGGAUGUGUUUCUGACUGCUUCCCAGCUCCCGGCUGUGCUGGAGGCUCCAGAGGGGUGGCAGCACCGUUCAUUUCUCCCCUGAAACAGAAGAAUGCGCUCGGUCGCGCUUCUCAGCAGCUCUGCAGCCUGUGGAGAGUGUGGGCAGUUCCUGUGCGCAGCAUCCUGGAAAAUGUGCGUUCUCUUGAAGUGAUCUGCUGGAAAGCACGUACUUGCUGCAGUUGUUCCAGCCUCUCGAGGUCUGAAAUGCCUGGUCUCUGAUAACUCCCUGGGAUUUGCGUUUUGUCUGCCGAAGGAACGCUACCUGCCGCGCCCGUCCAGAGAACCCUGCGGGGCAAGGACACUGAAAAUGGCUCUGCGUGUUUUUUAUGCAGUUUGGGGUUUGUUGCUAGAAGUGGCAAUAGCAUUUGGCCCAGUCCCGAGGAUCACUUGGGAACACAGAGAGGUCCAGCUAAUACAUUUUAAUGAAUCAAAAGUGUCAAACUAUUCAACCUUGCUGUUAAGUGAAGACAAAAAUGUUCUAUAUGUAGGAGCCAGGGAAGUGAUCUUUGCCUUAAACGCAGUGAAUAUUGCUGAGAAGCAGCACGAGUUACACUGGAAGGCUGCAGAAGAUAAAAGGACAAAAUGCGCAGUCAAGGGCAAAUCAGAACAGACGGAGUGUCGUAACUACGUGCGUGUCUUGCAGCAGCUGAAUGAUACUUUUCUCUACGUGUGUGGAACUAAUGCAUUUCAGCCAACAUGUGAUUACGUGAAUUUAACUUCAUUUGAACUUGGAGGUAAAAAUGAGGAUGGUAAGGGUAGGUGUCCGUUUGAUCCUGCUCAAAGCUACACAUCUGUUAUGGUUGAUGAGGAGCUUUAUUCUGGGACUUCUUACAAUUUCUUGGGAAGUGAACCCAUUAUUUCACGGCACUCUCAUCAGAGCCCUCUGAGAACAGAGUAUGCAAUACCUUGGCUUAAUGAGCCCAAUUUUGUUUUUGCUGAUGUGAUAAGAGCAGACCAAAACAGCACAGAUGGAGAAGAUGACAAGAUAUACUUCUUUUUCACCGAGGUGUCUGUGGAGUAUGAAUGUAUUGGAAAACUGAUGAUUCCAAGAAUAGCUAGGGUCUGCAAGAGGGACCAAGGAGGAUUAAGGAUCUUGCAAAAAAAAUGGACGUCCUUUCUCAAGGCCAGACUGAUUUGUACCAUCCCCGACAAGAACUUAAUUUUCAAUGUUAUCAAUGAUGUUUUUAUUCUCAAGUCUCCGACUUUGAAGGAACCAGUGAUAUAUGGAGUCUUCACCCCACAGCUGAAUAACGUGGGGUUGUCAGCAGUGUGUGCAUACAGUCUGUCUACUGUAGAAGAGGUUUUCUCAAAAGGAAAAUACAUGCAGAGUGCUAUAGUGGAACAGGCUCACACAAAGUGGGUACGAUACAAUGGGGAGAUCCCUAAUCCUCGACCUGGUGCGUGUAUAAACAACGAAGCCGGAGGAUCGAGCUACAUGAGCUCGCUGAAUUUACCAGACAAGACACUGCAGUUUGUUAGAGACCAUCCUCUGAUGGAUGACUCAGUGACCCCGAUGGGAGACAGACCUCGGCUGGUAAAGCAAGAUGUGAAGUACACACAGAUUGUGGUAGACAGAGUCAGAGCACUCAAUGGCACCAUGUAUGAUGUGAUGUUCAUCGGUACAGAUCGGGGAGCCGUGCACAAAGCCAUCAGCUAUGAAAAUGGAAUGCAUAUUAUUGAAGAAACACAGUUUUUUCCAGAUUUUGAACCAGUCCAAACUCUCUUGCUUUCAUCCAAAACAGGCGGAAAAUACCUCUUUGCUGGCUCAAAUUCUGGUGUGGUUCAGUCCCCAGUGGCGUUCUGUGACAAGUACACCACUUGUGUUGACUGUGUUCUAGCAAGGGAUCCUUACUGUGCUUGGAAACCCCUUGAAGCUUCCUGCAUUGAUAUUUUUAAAGAAGCUGAAAUUGGAAGGAACUGGAUUCAGAACAUAGGUGGAGAUGCAUCUUCUUGUUCUGAUAAAGUAAGAGAGAAUCCCCUACAGCAUACAUUCAAGCAUGGGAGCACAGCAGAACUCAAGUGUUCUCAAAAGUCCAAUCUGGCACAGGUAGUUUGGAAGUUCAAAGAUGAUGUGCUGAGAGUGGAGAGUCCCAAGUACCGUCUGCUGGAAAAGGCACUGCUUAUCUUCAAUUUAUCAGAAGGAGACAGUGGUGUUUACCAGUGUUUGUCAGAAGAAAAAGUGAAGAAUAAGAAAUUUUCUCAAGUGCUGGCUAAGCAUGUUUUGGAACUGAAAAAAAUCCAGCACACCAUGGUGGGCCCCACUGCAGCAGCUGCACCAACAGAAGCCUCAUCUCCUAUACCUUUCCCUCCUACUGGUACCUCCUUUUUGUCCUGUGUGGGAAGUGAUUCACCUCCUUCACCCACCAGUACCCAGCCUGAUGUUUGGUCUAGCACAGACCCCAUAAAGGUCAUGUUGUUGCCACCUUUCCUAAGUGACCAGACACAGCAUGUUAGUGUCCGGGGACCUUUCCACCUCUUCUGCCAAGCCACAGCUGUCUGGAAACUCAGCAGGAGUUGUUUUGUUCCAAUUCUUUCAACUGACUAAACAUCACAUAAAGGCAUCUUGGUACCAUAAAACCAUUCCUUAGUGCAGGUCUCUGAUAUGACACCUGUUUUUCAUCACUUGAGAUGCGUCUAGAAGGUAAGUUGAAAAAUUAAAAUUGUUCCUUUGAUAGAAAAGGACAUGGAAGUCUUAAGGUUAUAAAAUCGAGUAAAUGUCACAGACCAAUUUUGCAUAAAACUCAAUAGAUAUUAGAGGUAUCCUUGUUACUGUAGAUUUCAGUAUGUUAGGGCUGUAAUUAUUUUACUGGAAUGCUGGCACUUCUCUUUUUACAGGCAUAAGGGCUUGCUGAGACCCUCUUACAUCUAACUCUGCAUGCAAACCCAGCAGCAUUAAACACCUUUGUAAGUGCUGAUGUUACCUGGGUUCUGUUGGCUUCCUUCAUAGUGACUUCUGUAAGGAAAUUGAAAAUUUAUUUUACGAGGACUGUGAUAUGGGUGGUGCAUUCUUAAAUUCUGGCAUUAAGAGCAGAUUUUGAAACACUUCUGUAGGAAUUCCCUUCACUGUGCAGUUUCAUAUGUAAAUGCUGUGGUCAAGCUAAGAAAUACAUGGAAGGGUGUGUAAAAAGAAUACGUUUUCCUUUUUUUUUUUAAACUAUAUUAAUUUUCUUGUAAGGAGUAGAGUAAGUUCAGUGUAAACAUAAUUAAGCAUAAGGUGCGUCAAGGUAAAAAAGGGGAGAGCAAAGAAAAGAAUUAGAACCAAAAAUGUCUUACUCAUUUUUUUCCUCAGAAGAUUUUUCUUAUUCUUUCUUCUGCUCAACAGAGUCUUACCUUGCACAGGUGAGAUGCAGCUGGCUGCAUUCAUACAGGUUUUUCCUGUACAGUGAAUAAAAUGGUGCAGUUGGGAAAGCUCUUCUUGUGUGGCUUUUUGGUAAUUUACAAAUGCUUAAAACACUAAAGAAAAGACACCAAAAAAAAAAAACAUCUUUCUCCCCAUGGGGGAAUCAGUCCAGUAAGGACUGGUAGUUUGUUCUUGGUGGCCUGCAUGUGGUUAUUACUGUUGUAAUGUGCUUAAAGCAUUUGAAGCUGCAGGUGUGUCCCAUACACAUCAGUAGGUGUGUAAAAUCCUAUCUGCUGCAUCACACCUCAGCAGAGGGCUUGGCUAAACUGAGCCCAUGGCAAGGUUUUCAGAGCUGCUCACUGGUACCAGGGCAGAGUUUGAAGAAGCCCAUCCUUUUGCAGCAUUCUCCACCUGAGUUUGAUACCCACGUGAUUAUGGGAAGGCUCCAAGGGCACAGGAAAGAAAAGUUUUGCAGAAUCCGUGUCAGCUUUUGUAGCAUGACUAGGUAGGUGUAAAAGGAGAGGUUUGCUUCACACUGGGGUCUUUGAGGCGCAAAUGUAACUUGUAAAUGCCUUUGGGAUGUCUUCUCUUGGGAGAGAAAGGGAUUCAGUUUGGUUCUUACUUCUCUGUACCAUUUGCUUAUAAGGGUUUGCUUGACCUCCCAGCUUAGCCUUUCUCCUUUUGCAAUUCACAAUAAGGAUUUCUACUCUUUUUCUCAUUGCUAAUGCAAAAUUCUUGCUUCAGUAAUGCCCCAGCUUGGAGCAGUACACUGGUAUUAACUACAGCCUGGCCACGAUUGAGCAGCUGUAAUUCCCAGUCCUGCCAGGUGAGAUGUGGUUGGGACAGGUAUUGGAAUCUCUGGAGCACAACCAAAACUUUACACUAUUUUCCUCAGCAGAUCUUGUUACCCCCACCAGCCUGGAUUGCAAACUGACUACCUGUACAGUUAUUUUUCUUCCCUGUGAGAGCUACAGCCUGUAGACUUGUGAUUAUUAAUCCAUUGGUGUGAUGGCUGAUUAACUGGGUACUAAUUUGGAACAAAGUUUUCAUGUCUUUUUAAUAAUUUCAGCAGAAACUGUUGCCAGAGCUGCUUCAGUUUGUGUUACUUGCACUGUCCCCUCAGUGGAGAUGAAAAUCUCAUUUCCAUCUCUUCCAGUCAUCUUCCUGAUAGAUCCACCUGGCAAACAAAGAAGCAAAAGCAGUGGUUUGUGUUCUCUGGAGAACAAAAGUGAUUUUUGGAGAGCACGUUACUCCCCUUAAAACACAUUCUCCAGUUUUCUUAUUACUAAAUUCAGCAUAGUAUCCUUGUUAGCUGAUAGCACACCUUGUGCUGUGGGUCAUGCAUUCUUCAGUACCAAGCAUUUGGUGUUGGAAGCAACAUUCUUCUGGCAUUUCAGGUCUAUUUUCCUUGACUUUUUAAAGCGAUUCCUUUUUUCCUGUCAGGGCUUGCUUGGCCUUCUGGAAUGCACUGCCCCUACUUCAACAAACAAAAACAACCACCAAAAAUCCAAAACUACGAAAAAAACCCGCUCCAGUUGCAGAAUGUGUAGGCUGUGUAACUUGCACACUAUUUUCAGAAAACUGCAGAGAUGCUUGUCUCAGUUUAGAAGUUCUUUCCCCUGUUUUCCAAUCAGUUACUCUCUGAUGGCUUCAUUUACUACUGAUUUAUUAUUCUAGGAUCUUACCAGCAGCCAUGACUCAGACUCCUAAAGAUCAAGACACUCUUAACCAGCCUUAAAUCUGUCAUUCACAUAGGGGGUAGUGCUGGUUUUAGUGCUCCAUAUUAAUGAUUGACCAACCUUUUCCUGGGCUAACUUUGAUCUCCAAUUCAAAAUAACCUUCCUGCAUCCAGGUGAUACUGCCUUUUUACAACUUAAUCUGUGCUCCAGGUGAGAGCUUCCUAUAUGACCUUGAUUUUCAGGAAUCUGUGAUGUUUGCUUCAGCAGCAUUCAGCAAAGCCACAAGCUAGAUAGCAAGCAUUAAAUCCACAUGCCACUUUUUUUUUUUUUUUUUAAUCUGCUGCACAUGGAAGUGGUUUUGGUUUGUGCUGGGUUUUAGAGGGGAGGCUUUUCUCCUAAACUUCCCAUCACUCUGGAUAGCCUCUGGUAGCAAUUCUGUUUAGAUUAUAGGGAUUUGUAUAAAAGACUUUUCGUUACCCUGAUGGAAUUUCUCUGUGGGAUACCUGUGGGUUAUCUUCCCUGGAUUUCAAUUUGCUGUCAACUUGGGAUAAAUUAGGUUAGCUGUUGAAAGCUUUAAGAGGUUUAGGCUUGCUGGCAGCUCCUGCUUUGUUUUACCAACUCCCCUCUCUCUAUCUUGGGAGUGUUUUUCUGAAUAUAGGGAAGCCUUGCUCUAGUGCCACCCUUCAAGAACCAUCUUAAAAUCCAGGUAGAACAUGUGGUAAGCCAGCAGCAGUGGGGUGGCACUGCUCAGGGUCUCACUGUACAGCUUGACUGGGCUGCUUUGGAGAUGCCUGCACAGCUCUGCACAUCGCAGGGUUUGGCACAAGGGGCGAGUGUGGCCAGUGCUCCCUCCCCCAGCUCUGCUUACUCAUUUAAAAGGAGGAGAUUAUGGAUUAUCUCCAAGCUGUCUUGAAAGCCCUGUGUCUGUUAGGAUGUGAUGUGUAUAUAGCAAAUGUUUAAUUUGGUCCAGUUUAGGAGGGCACAUCCCCACGCUGCUCUGGAUCUGCAGCUGUAUCCUUCAAUUCUUUAAACCUGGUUUUAUUUACCUAUUUGUUUUACCCUUAGGUCAAAUUUACACCAGUAGCUCAGCAAACACAGACUAUGGGAGAAGCUUACAAGCAGCUGCAGUGGUUUAAGUUUUUAUGGUGUGACUGCCUACAUUUUUUUUUCUCGUGGAAAAUACAGAGGAAAAAUCAUCUGGGCAUUAAAUACAUGGUUUGUUCAACCCAGCCUGACUUGACAUAGACCAGAGAACCCCUUCUGCCAGCAGAAACUUAACCUGGACAAUUCCUGGGCUGUUCCUGUCUGGGUAGUGCCAUUUCAUUCAAACUACUGAAAGCUGAUGUAUAGAAAAUGAGAUCUGUAUGGGAAAGAAGCAAACACUUUCACAGACACUGCAAACUGUGAAGGGCUUAUGCAAAGGAAAGGGGUAGUUCAGACAAUGCAGCAAGGCUUUUUGCAUUUUUUAUGUUAAUUUCCCAUCUAAAAUCAAGGCAGUGAAGUUGAUUUUACUUAAUCACAUUUUAUUAUUAUAAUUUAUUGAGGCAAUGUUUUCCAAGUUAACUCUUUGAAGUAUCUUUCAUGGUUGCUUAGACAUAGCUAGUUACAUAUCUAGACUGUUGUGCCGUUUAAUUCUCUGCUUAUUAUGAUCUAAUAAGUUUACUUUUUUUAAUCUUUCAAGCAUUCUUAAAGUGGAUGGCAA